AUGCCACCUUCUUUGACCGCCCAUGCUUACCCUUCCGACGUUCUGGCCCUGAUUCUAGGUGGCCACACCACAGAAAUGAUCCGCCUCCUGCAAGGCUUUCCCUCUCACGCCCUCGAGCCCAUCCACUACGUCAUUGCCGCCACUGAUGCCAUGAGUCUUGGGCGCCUCCUCAAACACGAUCCGAAAAGUCAAGAGCAUCAGCGCGUCCUGCUCACCCCCCGGGCUCGCGAAGUUGGUCAGUCCUAUGUGACCAGCAUUGCCUCCACGCUCUACGCCCUGCUCUUUGCCAUCCUUCUCGUCUGGAAAACCCGACCCCAACUUCUCUUUAUUAAUGGGCCCGGUACCUGUAUUCCCCUCUGCCUUGCCGUGCUGGGCUUUCGAUUUCUUGGCCUGCUUGACACGCGCGUCAUCUACGUCGAAAGCAUAUGCCGCGUCGUGACGCUCUCCCUCACGGCCAAACUCCUACUGCCCUGGGCUGAGCACGAAAAGAGGAAGGAUAAAGCAUCAAGCAGCUUCACCGGCAAUCUGUCCGGGCGCGCUGUGGCCCAGGGUGGCUCGGCUGCUUCAGCAGAGGUUCCCAAACCAUGA